ACUCGAUCGAUCUUUUUUCGAAUCCAUUCGGCUUAUCAAUGGCACGUGUUUUCGGCUCGAUCAUGCUUCUCGCUCUCGGUUUCUCGAUGGCCAUGGCAGCGGAUCAUAGUCCGCUUCAAGAUUUUUGUGUUGCUGACACAAAUGGCCAAGUUUUGGUGAACGGAAUGACUUGCAAAAACCCGAYUAUGGUUCAAGCCAGUGACUUCUACUUUGGUGGGCUCCACAUGAUGGGAAACACCUCGAAUCCUGUGGGGUCCAGGGUGACCCCUGUUUCCGUGACACAGUUGCCAGGACUCAACACUUUGGGAAUCUCGWUGGCUCGUAUUGAUUACGCUCCAUGGGGAAUCAACCCACCUCACACGCAUCCUCGUGCUUCUGAAAUCUUGGUUGUGUUGGAAGGCAGUUUGGAGGUCGGAUUUGUCACAUCAAACCCUGAAAACCGUCAUAUUUCCAAAGUAUUGUAUAAGGGUGACGUCUUUGUUUUCCCAGUUAACCUCGUACAUUACCAAAAAAACAACGGGAAGACGAACGCGGUUGCAAUUGCAGCAUUGAGUAGCCAGAACCCUGGCGUCAUCCCGAUUGCAAAUGUGGUUUUUGGUUCUAAACCAGAUAUAUCAACUGAUAUUCUCGCCAAGGCCUUCCAAACCAGCGAUGACGUUAUCAGUAACAUUCAGUUCAAGUUUUAG